GGCGGCGCGGCGCCCGCCGGCGGGGCGUGGGGAGGCCGCGCGGCCGGAGCGGCUUUCAGGUAAAGUUUAUUGAAGGCAACGAUGGAACGAUUUGGAGUGAAGUCCGCUCCAUCACGUAACCGCUCGAAGACUGCUUUGUAUGUAACUCCUCAGGAUCGUGUAACUGAGUUUGGCAGUGAGCUGCACGAAGACGGAGGAAAACUCUUCUGUACUUCCUGCAACGUGGUUCUGAAUCACGUUCGCAAGUCUGCGAUCAAUGACCACCUCAAGUCUAAAACACACACAAAGCGAAAGGCAGAGUUUGAAGAACAAAACGUCAGGAAGAAGCAAAGGACUCUGACUGCCUCCCUUCAGUGCAACAGUACUGCCCAGACAGAGAAAACCAGCGUCAUCCAGGACUUUGUGAAAAUGUGCCUGGAAGCUAAUAUUCCACUUGAGAAGGCUGAUCAUCCAUCUGUGCGAGCCUUCCUGUCCCGCUACGUCAAGAAUGGCAGUUCGAUACCUAAGUCAGACCAGCUAAGGAAAGCAUACCUGCCUGAUGGGUAUGACAAUGAGAACCAACUCAUCAAUACUGAAGACCGUUGAGAAGAAAACUGUUUUCAUCAUCGUUGUGAAGUUUUACAUAUUGAUGGUGUGGUUUAUUUUUAUAUUCAUGCAUAUAUACAGUGUUACAUAUUGGUUUUACAAGCUAUUUUGUAUUAUUGUAGAAAUGACAAUCUAUUUGUGAACUUAGUGGUAUGCCACAGACUGUUGCUAACCCUGCUGUAGACUUCAGAGCUACAUUGAUUGAUGUAGAACUCACGAUGAACGUAGGGAACAUACCUGGCAUACACUUUAUCUAUGUCCAGCUGUAACUGAUGCUAAGAAAAAGGCACUUGGAUGGAGGACCUCACUUACCUAAACUGUGCAUCUAAAUACACAAGGAAGAUGAUGCGAUAGGGAUUGUUAAUCAUGUCAGUGGAUUGCUUUGUCCAGUAUCCUGUCCACAAGUGACCAAGAAGAAGUGCUACACGUUUGAAAUGCAAGAAGCUGUAGAAUGGUUAGUUAAAAUAUAACUGCUCUGUUGGGGAAGGAUUAUUGCAAAUUCCUAUUCAAGUUCAGUUUACGUUCUAAAACGGGAAACAUUUUUCUUCUAGAAUACUCUCUUACCCUAUUUGGUGCAACUGUGGAUGUAUUCAUUAUCUAGCUUAAAUAGCCUGUCUCUUGUAUUGACCUGUGAACUCCACUAUUCUCGUAAAGCUAGGAGUUCUGCAGGUUUACCAUGCCCGCUUUUUUGAAAUCACUGUUUCAUUGUCUCGGUUUAACAUGUCCCCUUCAGUUUCUGUGCCAAUCUUUGCAAGUUGAGUAGACAAACCAGUAACUGAGUGUGGUUUGCAGUGCAGCUGCUGGCAAGUGAAACUUAUACUGGACCAAGAUCUUAGUAGAGGAGAUUAAUGCCUUUUUCUUACUAGCAGGACAAAGGAUUCUAAAUCUAAAUUGGGGGUGGGGGAGGCCCUAAAUUGUGGAGUUGAGAAAGCUUUUUUUACAUUGCACAGGAGAAGAGGCUCCUCCGUCUUUCCCUGAAGGUCCUCUACAUCUCUGGCCUUGUCCUCAGCCUUUUAGUCAAAGGAGGUAAAGUGAUUAAAAUAGUUUUCAAAAUAGUUACUGCAAAGGAUAUUCAAUACCUGUAAGCGCAAACAGGAAAGCAUGUAUACUUUGAAGCUAUACUGGAAUUACAGACCUGGGCUGUAUUUCUUACUCUGUGCCAAGGCCACAUCUAUUGGACUGACAAAAAGUAAAAUGGGAAAUUAAAGAAUUUCAAUAAUGUUACGCUCUCCCAAAUCUAGUAAACUGUUACUGAGCUAUUCCAAAUUAUUAUGCCAAAUCGUCCACUUGAUAUAAGUGCUCUAUAAAGUUUUUGAAUGGAAUGAGGGAGCAUUGUGCAAAGUGUUGGAAUACGACCAGCUCCUGCCUGCUCUAGAUUUCCUUGAGAUGCUCUGGGUUCAGGGAGGUGCCAGGCAUCUUCUAGUAGCACAGAAAUCCUCCACUCAGUGGAUGCAAUGGUGUAAGCAUGCUUUAACUCCCUCAGGUGGAGCCAGUUGUUCUGUUCAGCUUCCUUUCACCAGUAGAGUUUCACAGUAUCUGUUUCUCAGUAUUUCUUUUAUUCCAGAUAUUUACAGCAAUACUAAGUAAUUGCUAGCUAAAAAGAGACAAAAUAACCUGUUUAUUUUGUUUCUGUAGCUAUUUCCCUAGCUAUUUCUAGAGCAGUCUCUUUUGCUGGAUUGAGAGAGACUUACCUACUUAGUAACAACUGGUUUUUGUGCAAUUAGCUUCUACUGAAAUGCACUUGUGUUACAUUAUAACCAUGUCUUGUAGCCUUCUGCUAUGAAGCCUGUUUGAAUAACGGACAAAACUGAAAAGCAGAAGGCUGCCUAUCCACGUGUACCAGUACACGGGUACUCAGUACACUGCUGCACCUUUGGUCCCUCUUGAAGCUAGUGGGACUCCAUGCAGUCAUAGCAAUCCUGUCAACGAUAUUGGUUGCUGGUUUAGAACUUCAGACAGAAAUAACAGUAGUAAUUUUUUUUUCUCUAAUCCUAGAUAUCAAAAUAUGCCUUCCAAAAUAUCGUUUGCUAUUGCACAAGCUUGGGUUUAACUUAAGAUCAUGAACUGCCUUGGGCUAGAACUGUUUUAUAAAUCUUCUUAAGCCAAGUGGAAGGUACACUGCCAAUAGCCUUUUCUGUCCUGAGAAUAAUUGAAAGCGUUCUUUUACAGCUGCUGUUCCAUUACAGGGAAACAACAUCCUUGCUUUAAUUUUUUAAUUUUUUUAACCUCAUGACUGCUAUCUUAGAAUUAAAGCAAAUAGAAAACAACGGAGUAUUGGGAAAACAGGCUUCCAUUAAACAAAAGCAUCUAGAGAAGAUGGUAUGAUUAAAAGGUAUGAAUUUGGGCUAGUUAGCUCAGUUCUUGCUAACAUAGGAUUUUGCAGGCUGCACCCCGUAACCAUUUUAUAUAGGAUUCAAUGCUGUAUAUUUUUCCCUUGACUGGCAAACUGACAGACAUUUUGAAAAGCUUAAUGGUAACAUUAAAUAGGCUCUUGCACAGCUGAAAAAAAAUCAAGUUACUUUCACUUAUACGGUUUUACAUAAAAGUUAGCAACAUCAACAGCUUUUGUUAAAAAAAGAAAACCAGUCAUUUUCAAUAAGGCAAAGCAAUAUUAGAACACUUAGUUUCUCAAAAGCUUACUCUGCUUAUAAAGCAGUCUGUGUACAGAGCCUCAAUUUACAGAAUUAAUACAGUUCUGUAAGUAUUUUCAGUAAUUUUUCUAGUACCAAUUUUUUUUUUAUGCAGAAUUACUGCAGAGGGUACAAGCCUGGUGAGGAACCUUAUCAGUGUAGCCAUAGGCUACCAACUCAUAACAAUUUGGAAGCAAAAAUUGGUUAUCAGGAUUUUGAAUGGAACUGACUUAAUUCCAAUGCACAGCAGUUUGUAGGACACUGGUGUCUUAAUAAUAGGAUAUUUUUGUUAAAAAAAAAAACCCAACAACAUUUUUCAAGCUUUAUGAAAAUCAAGAUACUGAUCCAUUGCAACAAACAUUCAUAAUGGAAUAAAACAAUGAAAAAUAAAGCACUUCCAGGUAAUCUAGAAAGAAUAAUGAAUAAGUAAGUUUAUAUUCGUGGACAUAACCCAGAUCAUCAACAAGACAGUUAGUUACAUUUAUUUUCUUUAAAAGUAAAAAUGGUUCCAGUCAGUCUUGGAACAGAGUCCUGCAAACACUCAAGUUCAGAGCAUAAUUUUGCCAGUGUGGCAAUAGUUGGAUAAAACAUAACCUUGGUUUAAUUGCUAUUGAUCUUAGGGAAGAUUUACAGCAGAUUUCUGGUAUAUCUAAACCUAAGUAAUAACUAAUUCCUAGAACAGAGGCUGUGAUUAAGUUGUUUAACAGUCUCCAUGGGGUUUUCUUUUUUUUCUGCAAGAACACUGCAUUAUUUUUCCAUGUAUUUCCUGUAAAGAGUACUCUCAGAAGUAAAGGGAGGGUGGUAGCAACAUCUGCUUUUCAUUUUACAUACAUAUGUAGGGACAAGCUAUAUGGGAUACUUUUUGCCAGGUGGUUUUAUUAAUAUAUUUGAAGCUCUAAUAUUAAAAAAAAACCAACAAAAAAAAAAAGAGUAUUUUCUUCUCUGACCAUGUACUUAUGUUAGUUUAGCCAACUCACAGCUAAAAUUACUCCGAAGUGCUUUUCUUUGAACACUUUCAAAGAGUAAAAUACAAACAAGAACAUUCUUUAUUUUGUGACUAUUUACAUGUAUGCACCAUGUUAGUUUCAGCUUGCAUGUUCUUGAAAAAACGUGAGCAAGUUCUAAUAUUUUUAAGCAUUUUGAAGCCUGUCAUUUGGCAGGUCCCUAGAGGAGGUGAAACAUUCGACAUAAUGAAAGGGAAAGCUGUUUUUCAAUUGAGAGAGAAACUUGGUUCUGCAAAGUAUGGGAUAUUCUCAUGAUAGAAGGACUAUUUUUAGCCAGAGCCCCUGUUAGCAAUUCUGUUGAACUGAACAGUGAAAUGCUCCCUGCUAGGUUUUGCAGCAUAAUGA